UUGAUGUUGCCGCAGUUAUCGGAUAUUGAAUGCAUUCGACGAUCAUUCGCAGCAGAUGAGUACGUCUACAACAAAAUGCAGUAUUUGCGUUAAAUUAUGCGGCGCUAUUAAGAUACAUAGACGUUCUCUAGAGUUUAUCGAUUACUUCAGCACAACUUUCUCCGGCUCCUACUUUAUUUUGUGCGGAUUCGCAGUGGCCUCCUUGAGCAUUAAUCUAUUUCGAUUCAUGCAUGCUGCGAGAAAUGACGCCUUAAACGAAGCGAUCUCUUCCGGUCUGUUUGUUUACGCUCACUUCUGUCAUGUAAUUUGGAACAAUUACUUCGGUCAAGACUUGACAGACCAUAGCGCCGACAUGUUUGCACAAAUAUAUAAUGCACAAUGGUACACGGCGCCUUUGCAUGUACAGAAGAUGAUACUGUUUAUACUUCAUCGAAGUGCGAAGAACAUCUCGUUCAACGUCGGUAGUAUAUUCGUACUAUCGUUAGAGGGUGUCGCUACGGUACGAGUGUUUUCUUUUACAAGUAAAUAUACGAAGAAGACUGAUUGUCUAGUAAUAUAUUUGAUAUAGGUCAUAUGAAACACGUGAAUUUUUUAUUACAGCUCAUUAACAUGUCUAUGUCGUAUUGUAUGCUCAUCUAUUCGACUCGCACG